CAGAAGUAAGAGGUGGUCACAUGAUUAGAAAAUGGUGGAUGAUUUCAAGCUUUGUUACCCGUAACUUUAUCACACAUGAUUUCAUUUGGAUUGAUUUGUGUGCUUCUUGAGUCACAAGAAAAACACCAACACUUCAUACACAGCUGCCUCAGUAUACUUGUAUAAUGCUGUGAUAUAGUAUAUAGUCAGCAUGUGAAUACAUUUCAAGACAGUUUGACCAGUAACCAUGACAACAGAAACAGAUUCUCCAAGGGUUCUGCAUACACAACCAAUUGAUAUACAGGAGAGUGUCCGUUCAGAUGACCUGACAGAGCUGGUCAAAGAUUUGUCACCUUCGUCCCAAGCCAGGACUAUUCUAUUAUUACAAAGUCUUAGGAAGAAUGAGGCUGUUAUUGGUGUUGACGAUCAGAAGAGACCAGUUAUACAGUACAAAGAUGAAAGAUCAAGAAAACUAUGGUGGGAUGCAUCCAAUGCAAAUAUAUUAACCAAGCCUCGGACAGAUGAUGAUGUUCAGGUCAAGAUGGACGCCUGUCUGGAAAUGAUUGAUUAUCUCAAGAAACAUAAAGCUCCAUCUGGUGUUGUAUUAGACCCAACUCAUGUCACUUCAAAAGCAGGUUAUUACAGGGAAGGAAGGGAGUUUACCAAAACAAAAGAUGUGUUAGGGAAAGGUAACUCUGCUGGAGAUAUUAUUGUUAUUAAGGAUAAGACAACUCAUUCAGAAAGUGCUCAUAAAACGAUGAUGAUCUCCUAUUUUAGAGAGGAAGAAAUUAGGGCAUGGGUGGAUUUGAAUGAAACAGGCAUUCCUCCUGCUCUUUACUGCUUCAAACUGGAGGGCAAUAAAAUUCAUAUCUUCAUGGAGAAGAUAGAUAAUGGCAUUACUUUGCGGGACAUAAUAGACACACACAUGGGUAACAUCAGAGCUGAAGAUCCAAACUUAGCCAGACCUUUUUCAUUAUAUGUCUUCCAUGGUUUAUUAUCAGCUGUACAUACUAUGCAUCAGAAAGGAUGGACACACAGAGAUCUUCAUCCUGGCAAUGUGAUGCUUCAAGAAUCUGAAGGUGUUAUACAGACCAGGAUAAUAGAUUUUGGUCUAGCCAAGCGCAUUGAUAGUGAAGAUGGUCCGAGAGGGUUCCGAUCAGAUAUUGCUGAAGUAGUUAGAAAAUUUACAGCCCUGUAUAUAGAUGAGGAGUUUGAUAGUGAAACUGAUUUUAGAAAAAACUGGAAAGAUAAAGUACAACAGAUGGCCAAUAUGUAUGCAAUGAGUAAAGAAGAUAAGGUGGAGCUAUUCAGUUUGAUUGACAGUGCCUUACAAGUUGUCUGUCUGUCUGAUGUGCCAAAAUUACAACAAGAAUUAGCUGCUAAAAUGAAAUUUGACACUCAAAGCCUUUCAAAACAAGUUGCCAAAAUCUUAUUUGCCAAACCAGAAUUCCCAUCCACCCAUCCAGACGAUCAAGACCUAGAGACAGAACUUCACAAAAUUAAAUUAGCUAUGGGUACCAGUAAAAAAACAGGACACAGUACAAUGGACCAAGCUGAUAGUGGUGAUUUUAUGAUUGAUGAUGAUGAUGGCUAUUUUACAACAGAAGAAAUCAAUGAUGACUUUUUAGACAAUCUCCGUAAACAAACAGGAUUAGGAUGGUGAAGUGAAAAAAAGAACACUUUUGAACAAUCUUAAAGUGCUUAUUUAAUCCUGUACUAUGUUUUUUAGUCAAAUUAAGGUGGUAGCAUAACACUCUGAAAAAUCAGCCUAAUGUUUUAAUCAAGUUCUAUUGUUAAAGAAAUAUCAAGCUUCUCAAUGAACAAAACUAGUGUUUUUUAAACUGCUAUAUCAUGAUCAAUGUGGGUUUUUUUCAGAUAAUGUGUAUGGUUCAAUUUUUGUUUUUUUUAUUAUUACAUUUUUAUCAAAGGGCCAAAGUAAAUGUUUUGUCAAAAUUUUAUGAAAUUAAACAAGCAAAAUUAAUUUCAGUCAAGGUGUAUGGUACCACUUUAAAGCAGAGAAAGCAUAUGUGCUAAAUGUUAUUAUAAUUAUGCACAUUUUGAACCAAUUGAUAAAUAGAUAUUUUUUAAAUGCUUAAAGUUAAUUUUAUUCUUAAAUAUUCUAAGUGAUUAAAAACUUCAAUCCGUUUUAUUUUGUGAUAUAAGCUGUUGUAAGCAAAAACAAUCUGCAAGGCUUUAAAAAUGUAAAAAUGUCUGAUAAUUUAAUUUAGAACUAAGUGCAUUGUGAACCAUUUGGUAUAUAAUUUUGCCCUAAAUGAAAUGUAUUUUCUUCUGUUGAGACAGUUUAUAAAUUUUAAUAAAUUUUCAAAUAAUUAGGCUUAUCAAAUGUUGAAAAUUUUAUUGUAAUGAGUCGAGAUACUUGCUUUGCAUAAUAUAGAAGUUAACUUUCUUUAUUAUAUUUAUACAAUUUUUAAAAUAUCAUUUUACUAUUAGGUGAUCUUAUCAGACAUGGUCAAAUUUCUAAGCUUUUCCUUAUUUAUAUUAUUUCAUCAAUGAAGAGUUUAGAAUAUAAGAAGUACAAGAGAUAACACUCCAAGUGGCCGUCAUUUAAAAAAAAAAAUGAUGGAUAGGAAAUUGGUGGUCUUUUUUAAUACCCACAUUUUUAACUUAUAAUUAUUUUAUUCGACCAGUAUUUAUACAAAAGUGUGUUCUAUUUAGUAUAUAACUCUAGUCACAAAUUAACAUAUAUAAUGUGUCAAAAUGUAUUUGUAUUUUUUAUAUAUCUUAUAAUGGUGCUUUUAUUUUAAUGGUAGAAAUGUUCUUAGUCCAAUACCAUGGAACUCUUGUGCUGUUUUAUUUUCUAUUUAGUUAAGGGGUGGUAAUUUUAUUGGCAACAUUUUAACUAAUCAUUGAAUUGUCUCACAUUUUUAUAUGGAUAUCACUGAACUUUUACAAAAACGUUUCUAUAAUACAGUUGUUGUCCAUUCGUACAAUCGUUUUCCAUGUAUUUGAGGUUUUUUUGGUUCAGUGUUUUUGUAAUUUUUACAUGUAUAAUUACAUAAGACAAUAUUUUUACUAUUAUAGUGUAGUGAACCAUUUGAAUCAAUUUUAAUGGAAAGAUGUUUAUUUUUUUUAAUUACCUAGUUUUUUCUGCAUUAUUGUAGGGAAUGGAGAUUGAACACACUUAAAUAAUUAUGCUCAAUUUAAAAUUUACAACGAUUUAUAUUUAAGCAUAUCAGAUAAAAUACUUUUAAAAUUGAAGCAGCGUUGAGAAAUAUUUAUAGGCUACAAUUGUAUGCCAUAGGCAAACACAACUUAUUUUUAUUUGCCCUAGAAAUAAUUUGAAUUAAAUCAGAUUUAGAAGACCCUGUAUAUGUAAUGACCACUAUGUAGUCAACUGUAUAUCAUAUUUUAUUUUCUAUAAAUCAAAUUUUAGUUUUGACAAUCACAUGCCAGUGUUGUUAGAUAUUGCUCAAUAAUUUUUUUUUGUUUCAACAGCUUUAGCUUGUGACUUUUUGUCUAGUCAUAGUUAAACUUUUCUAGCAUGUAUUCCUUUUUAAAUCAUUGUUGAAUUGGGUAAUGUCCCCAUUCUAAGAAGUAGUACUGAUUACAAUUAAAAAAAAAUAUGGAGAUGUUGGAAAUUUAUUUCUUUAUUUUUAAUUUUGCAAGGUACUCAACUGACUAUGCAAGACCUUCAUGAGUGGUCAAGGUUGUUAGAAUAAACUUGUUGCCAGGUGUUUAAGUUAACUUAUUGAUUUAUAUUUCAAUACCAAGAGGAGUUCUUUGGAGAAAGGGUAAUAACUUGCAUGAAUUAUAGUUUUAGAGGCAUUUUCAUUAAUUUUAAUGUGAAUUUCUGAAAGGCAGGUGUCAAUAACUUGUUUGUAAACGAUGAAUAUAGGUAAUCUUAUUAUUCUAAGUAACUGUUUUAGUUAAUUUGAAUAUGUAAAUAUUUUGGUAAUUUUUUUACAAUGCAUGGCAUUUCUAUUUGUUAUUUUUAGUUUGCUUAAUUUUAUUACAUUGCUCAUUGUUAAGCUAGAUUUUAUUGUUCUGGUUUUUUUUUUACCCACAAAUUUUCCAUUUUAUGAUACAGAUUUUAUAUUUAUACUUCAAAAACUACCAAAAAAAUAAACAACUACAUCAAAGUCAAAAUGAAGUCAAAGAGAGGUACAGCAUUUUAUGUCUAAACUUUAAAAAGAAGAAAAAAAUGGAAAAUGAUAUAUAUCUGUUACUGUUUUAAUGAAAUUUUGCUCAGCAACUUGAUGUUAUUGUUUCUAAACAGGCAUUCAGUCACAAAUUUAAAAUGGUUAUCACUGAAAUAUUGGAAAUUCUAAAUCAUUUUAUUUUCUACAGGGGUUUGUUAUGUUUAUAUUAUAAUUAUUCUGGUGAAAAGCCAAUUGAAAAGAGCACAUUUUCUAUGACAAAUCUGACAUUGUGACACAAAGUGUGAAUUCCAUAAUAAAUAUGUGUGCCCUCCAAAUCAUUAAUGCUGAUAUGUUUAUUUGUAUCUGGUUUGUUUAUCUUUUUAUUCAUUUAUAAUAGAUAAAUAAUGAAAU